AUGCCUGCUCCCGAUUUUACGGGGAAUGGACCGCCAAAUGUUGCUCACGGCGACACUCAUGGCGGCACUCAUGGUGACACUUCCGACGUCACUCAUGGCAACACUCCCGACGUCACUCAUGGCAACACUCCUGACGUCACUCAUGGCAACACUCCCGAUGUCACUCAUGGCAACACUCCCGACGUCACUCAUGGCAACACUCCCGACGUCACUCAUGGCAACACUCCCGACGUCACUCAUGGCAACACUCCCGACGUCACUUAUGGCAACACUCCCGACGACAUUCAUGGCAACACUCAUGGCGACACUCCCGACGACACUCACGACGACGACGACAACGACGGAAAUGGCGAAGCUACCUUGUAUGCGGGUCUGACGUGCGUCACUUCCGAGAGAGCUGCCAGCGAUACCGUCGAUUAUGUCCAGCUGUACCAGCCGUGCGACAACGUCAUCUACAGCAUGGGAUCAGCGUGUGGGAACGUUGGACCCAAGGCGGGUCUCCAGGCGAUCGCUGCGCUGGAUGAAAGCAAGGCCAAGUACGUCGGCUUCGACUACGAUGGCUCCCAGGACAUAGCGUGCUACGCCAGUCUGGGUCGCAUCGAUGGUUGGGAGAACAACGGCUACGCUGCCCUCAGCGUCGUACUGGCGGACGACUUCUCUGACGUUGCCGCUGUGAUGCCGAAAGUAAUGCGUGUCCCUGGUCAUAUUCCAAUCACAUCCCGAAAGAGACGUCGUCCCCUGCACCAUUGCAAUAAGCGAUGUCUUGAUAAGCAAGUACAACGUGAUCAAAUUAAUGCAAGACAUUCUUCUGCCCGUCGCCAUAUCUACGACCGCAGCGUUGAUUCUGAUCACUACCGACGGUCAACAGACGGAACGUGGAAGCCCCUGCGUGGGCGCAAACCUUGUUCCCCGCUCCACUCGAUGUUCACUCAUUGGAAGCGCAGCUCGAGAUGGGCACAGCGUCCCUUCUGGAUUCUCCAAUACGGUUGUCAUAGAAUACCUCACUACCGCUUCUACAAGAUCACUGCUGCCUGACAGAUCGGUGAGGCAUCGGACGAAGUACGGGGUGGCCGUGUUCAACCUGGAUUAUUACUACCUGGACCAGUACCCGGACUGCCCGGCACUCAACUUGAGCGCGUUCAAGCUACCCAGACCAGACAAGAGAGCCACGACCGCCUGAGUCGCGGUGACUGCCCAGGAUUUAGCGCGUGCGAGAGCAGAGUAAUAAAACAUAACGAU